GUCAAAAUGCAAAUAAUGUAUGAACAGAUGCCUACUUUCUGGGUGUUUUCUUCCCUUAUACCAAUAGUUGGAGGAGUGGCGUUGGCAUCAAUGACUGAAGUCUCUUUCAAUUGGAUUGGCUUCAUCACUGCUAUGGCAGCUAACGUUACAAAUCAAUCAAGGAACGUUUUGAGCAAAAAAAUGAUGACUAGUGAAGAGGAAAGUUUGGACAUUAUCAAUCUCUAUGGAGUUUUAACAAUGAUUUCCUUCAUGUUUUUGGUUCCAUAUGCCUUACUUGUGGAGGGUGUCAAGUUUUCUCCUUCAUACCUGCAAUAUGCAGCAAGCCAAGGGCUUAAUAUUAGAGAGUUAUGUGUCAGAGCAAUUUUUUCUGCAUUCUGCUUCCAUGCAUACCAACAGGUUUCAUAUAUGAUAUUGGAGAUGGUGUCACCUGUGACACACUCAGUUGCAAACAGUGUGAAGCGUGUGGUUAUCAUUGUUUCUUCAGUCAUCUUCUUCCAAACUCCUGUCUCUCCUGUUAAUGCAAUUGGAACUGCUAUUGCUCUUGUUGGAGUUUUCUUGUACUCAAGGGCAAAGAGGAUUAAGCCUGUGCAAAAGACAAACUGAGGCACAAUAACCCUUCCAAUGAAAGGACGCACGAGGGGAGAGGGAAAAGUAAAUAUUGUAGACACAUGACAACAAUUGAUUUUUUUUUUUCUUUUCUUGGUACCACCUAUUUAUAAAUUGAAACUCAAUUUUAGUAAAUAAUAAUACAGGAGUUUAAUUGGGGCUCGUAUAACUUCUAUUAUAUGACUUUUUAAUAUAGUAUUACAAAGAGUUUAAUGGUUAUGUA